AUGCUGCAAGUGCGACAGGAGGACACACACCGUAAACUAACUCUGCAGAGCCGAUCAGUGGACGAGCCAGAGCAUAAGCAUCAUAAUGACAGACCUGCAGCACCGUGCCCAAGAUUUAUUGCUCAUAUGAUAACAUCACCAGAUGCUGUAGCGCACACAGAAGGACUUAGCAAGUGUGAUUAUCUUCCAGCGAAAGAAAAAUAUGAGCUCAAGAAGCCUUUCGCUAAACCUGCUCUCAAACGGAGUACACCAGUUUGUUUCAAAGCUAUGGGUCUUUAUGUCAAAGUUUACCUCCACAGUAACCUUUGUAACUAUUCUAAAAGUUUUAAGACUAUUCCAGAUUUGAAGAAUUCAAUUUUUAUAAGAACAAGGAAAAGAGAACCAAAAUGGACAACCUUCCAUAGAAAGCCUUCACAUCAUUCUACAAGGAAGCAUGUACCAAGUAUCGCUUCCAGUGAUGAUGAACUGGAUGACGUUGUUGUUUCUGAGAAUGGUUCAACAAUAAAAAGCAGAAAAACUCCUGUUCCUUUAAUCCCUGCACAAAAUGAAGAGAACGAAUGGAAGAAGAAAUCUACACAUUUAUUAAACAGUUCAGAAGCUGAAAGUUACUCUAAACCUGAUGAUAUAAAUAUAUUUGGAAACCAACCAUCUCCCUGCAGUUUUGAAAAUUUGGAAUGUAUAGAUCUUUCAAAACCUUGUGUAAAUGAUGUUAGCAGCCAAUAUGGAUGCAGUGAAGAUUCAGAUUUGUCUGGAAGAGUUUCUUUUUGCAGCACCAUCUACAGAUCUUGCGGUACACCUCUUUCACAACUGCGUUCAUCAUCCUUAUCUCUGCCUGUGGGAGAUUCUGCAGAAUCUGAAGAAGAGUUUGGAAACUAUUCCAGAAAAAACACAGAGCACAAAAGCUCUCUUUUGGCAGGCAGUGGAUAUUGCAGCAGUAUUUUGAAUCCUGUCCUAUCCAGUUGCAGUAACUAUGGUAAUGCAGACCUUCCCCAGGCCUUAUCAAAUUCAAUGAGAAAAUGCUCAGAGGCCGCAGGGCUUGCAUCUUCUUUCCUUGAAAUUUGGCAUGACCAUCUUCGUCCCCAUUGGCCUGUACUUCCACCGAUCUCCCCACAAAGAGAUUUCUCAAAUGGUUCCAGUGAUAAUGAGGAGGAUAGAAGAUCCCAGAGCUCUGUAGUAAGCACUGGUACUCAGGAUGCAUUUGAUGAACUUGAAAACAUUGUACAAUUUACUGGAUCUACUUCAUCUCUUGAGCAAAGAGAACAUACAGAGAAUCUGUUUAAUAAGGACUUCCCAUCAGUCUCAGAUAUAUGCAAACAAACAGCAUCCCUAAACCUUGGUUUCAGUGAUAAUGAAGAAGUAUCACUGGCUGAUUUACGACUAGCCCUCUUAGAUCAAACAAGCUUUGGAAGGAGGAAUCAUCCUUAUGAAGUAAAUGGAAGUGAAUGGGAUAAUAGCAUUUCAAGGAGCACAAUGGAAAAAACAAGUGCAUAUACCAUGAUCUAUACUCAAGGUCCCUCGCUGCCUUCUGCACCUGCCAUACUGAAUGUAACCAAGACAUCUGAUACCAAUUCAAAUAAAGGAAUAGAAGAUCAGCAGAAUAGCUACACAAUAAUUUCUGAAACAAACUCCGGAAUUCAGGAUGAGCUGUGCAAUCGCUGUGAAACACGUACAGAUCAAAACAAUACAAUGCUUUGCCCUGAACCUUUUCGCCAUGAAGUGUAUUCACCAAACCAUUUAAAAGGGCCAAAAUAUGACAAAGAAACAUGUAAGAAAGAAGGUGUCCGAAUUUUAAAGACUGAAAAAAUUGAAGACCAACCCUCACCAGUAAAGAAGAGAAGACCUGUAAAGCUUGAUCAUAGCGUUAUACGAGAAAUGGAAAUGCAGAUCAUAGCUGAAGAAAGAAGAGCAAAAGCUGUUUAUAUGUACUCAAUGUUAAAGAGCACCAGAUCAACAACAAUUCGGGGAACUCAGCCAAUGAGUAUUUCAAAGUUUGAAGAUUUCGACUUUUUGGCAAAAUACUGCAUCUUCAGCCAGGAGAAGUUGGCUGAGUAUAAAAGGGCUUUUGAAGCGGCAGAUGAAGACAAUGAUGGCUUCUUAGAUUGUCUGCAGGUCUUAAUGGCUUUAAAGGAAAUUGUUCCACCUAAUGCCUUAAGUGAUGCUGAAGAGCUGUAUGUUUGUAGGAUUUUAGAGAUUGUGGACUAUUAUGUAACAGAUGGCCUAACAGACCUUCGACUCUUCGCUGUGAUGGCUAGCUUGGCGCAGAAAAUAGCAGCACUGGAGUGA